AUGCUUCCAACACUCAACCUGGACGGACUGCGUCAGUGUGGUUUGAUAGAUGCCACAAUUGAGCGAGUACUUGACGUUUCUACACGAGACCAGAAGUAUUUCAAUCAGUCUGGUGAUCGACAGUUGAGUGUUUCGCGUCAGGCAUCCCGGAUCCCACCGUAUGUGCAGUUAAAAUCAGCAAAUUGUUUUGUUCUUCACGCUGUCACCUCGGCUUUCUCAAAGCUACAGAUUCGGAAAGCAGUCUUGGUUUCCCCAUACAUGGACUGUCAGGGAGCGUACAAUACUUGCGUUAGACAGAAAAACGGGCAGAAAACCUUGACGCCAACAACUACCCACUACCCUGAGGGAAGCGUGACGACGAUACCAGAACACACCAAUUCCUGGGCACCGAAACUCACUUGCAACAUGUUGGCCGCGGUGCUUGUACAUUCCGCCUACUAUGCUUUAUGGAUUGUCACGCCAUGAAAAUAUGAAACCGAAAGUCAUCCGCGCACCAGAAGCAACACGCUGUGCUUCAUACCUGAUGAUCUUGCCAGUCAUUUAAAUAUGCUUCAUACGAUAAUGCACAGUCAUCUGAAGUUCCGCACUGACAGUGGGCGUCACAUCACUAACAACUUAUCAUCGCUUGUUCAAAGGUCAUUUUUGUGUGUGUCGUUUUGUACUAACCAGUACAAUUCAUCGUUUUUGUCAGUGUUCACACAAGCAAUUCC